UGGAAGGACAGCAGCUCCACAGAGAAGAGAGCGGUCCAUCCAUUGUUGCACUGCAGAGGACAGACUCACAAACACAGAGAUAACAUGAAAGCUGCCGCAGCCUUCUUGCUGGUGCUGGGUUGCCUGGCUGUCAGUCAUGCAUGGAGAUGCAGCGGGGCUCCACAGCUGUCAAAAGCCUUACAGAUUGACGCUGGAAUGGGAAUGGUGGUUGCAACAGACGCUUACAAGCGGGCCUAUUUCCUGAGCGGACGGUCCUGGUACAGACUGGGCACAACUGCACUCAAGCAUGUCUCAGUGGGACCUGCAGGAACGUGGGGGACUGACGCCGCAAACAGGGUCCACAAAUUGGUCGCUGGAAACUUUAAACGAGCCACUGGUCUGACCAUGCAGCAGGUAGAUGCUGGUGGUGGUGGGCAGCUUGUCGGGUCAAGGCCCUCCACCAAUCUCGCCUACUGUCUGAGAAAGACUUCUGCUGUGCAGUACUAUGGAGUGGGCGGUAUCGGCUGGUCUACCCUUUCAAGAGCCCUGAAGUACAUCAGCUGUGGCCCACUGUACGGAUGCUGGGGCGUUGACAUAAAGUCCAAUGUUUUUCUCACUAGGACGAUGUCACCAACCUCCUGCGGCACAAGUGGCUGGAUCUACGUGAAAGGGAUAACAAUGAAAAUGGUUGAAGUGGGGACAGACGGAAGCAUUUUUGCAGUGAGUACAAAGGGCAAGGUCUACCAAAGAGUUGGCAUCGCCGCACGUCGCCCACAAGGCACAGCUUGGCGUUUAGUCCAGACGUGCAUGGACGUCCAGCACGUGUCCUAUGACCUGCGCCAGCUCUGGGUCGUCACCACCUCUCACAUUCUCAUGACAUGCACUAAUGUCAAGAGUUUGGCAGUUAUUAAAUGA